AUGUACCGAUCCGCGAGGCCGCUGCUCGGCCUCGGCAGCGCCGCCAUGCGCCCGCAGCAGACCUUCACCAGAGUCCUUCCCGCGACCAAGAGGAUAGCAGCGGCGCCUACGAUGACGGUGACGGCGACGAGGGGGUACGCGAGCAAGGGCAGCGCGGCGGACCUGCGCAUGAGCUCGCGCCUGAACAAGCAGGCUUCCCAGGGGGAUGGCGGGUACUCCGCCAGCGAGAUUGAAAAGUCCAUGGCCAUGGCACACAUUAUGCUCCCAGGAACAUUUGUCGCCCUACCCUUCUCCCAGCUCGAAAAGACCCCCAAGGCCAUAUGGGAAUACACCUUUGCCCGCCUCAAGCAGCGCGCCCAGGACUUUCUCACCGUCUUUGGCGCCAAAGUCUCCUCCAUGCCGACCUGGACCACCAGACCGCGGUGCAAGCUGAACCGCGUCAAGCUCGUCCCCGAGGCCAAAGCCCUGCACCGCCGCCUCGGCGAGGCCAUGGCCGCCGGCGACAAGGACACCCUCCGCGAAAUUUGCACCCCGGCCCUCUUCCAGACCCUCUCGGCCGCCGUCUCGCGCCGCAAGACGACCGAGAGGCUGACGUGGGAGCUGCUGCGGUACGACGGCCGCCCGCGGGUCGUGAGCCACAAGGUUGCCAUGAUGCCGCCGCUGGGCCGCGCGCCCAUUGUGCAGCAGGUCGUUGUCGCCAUCUCGAGCUCGCAGAAGCUGGGGAAAGUCGACAGGACGACUGGCAAGCCUGUCAAGGGCGGGCUGCGGGUGCAGAAGCAGACCGAGUACUUUGUCAUGAGCAGGCAGUUCGACCCCAAGACGUGGGCGCCAAAGAAGUGGCUGGUAUGGGGCAACACCAGUGCCACGACGAUGGAGGACUGGGAGUUGGAAAAGAAGGGCAUGGCGGAUAUGGAGAGGAAGGACUUUGCCAAGAGACGGGGGACUCGUCUGUGA